AUGCCGUCGCCGAUAUCAUGUGCUUCAAAACAAAGGGUGACACACAAACCUCAGUCUGAAGGAGAAACGCAGGCCACAGCUCCAUCCACGGAGAAACCUCCAAACUGGUUGGAUGUCAUCAAGCCCACAACCGUGAAACCGACGGCGGCUCCGACCACCCAGAAGCCACCUCACUGGUUGGUUGCCAUCAAGCCUACCACUCCAAAGCCGACGACGCAGAAACCUCCACCUCAAACGCAGCCUCCACCUCAAACUCAGCAGCCUCCACCUCAAACACAGCAACCUCCACCUCAAACGCAGCAGCCUCCACCUCAAACACAGCGUCCUCCCAGCCAGUGGGUCUUUGGCGUUAAGCAACCAACUACGCAGAAACCUGUGAAGCCUCACCGGCCGCCGACAGCGACUAAACCUAAGCUGAAAGAGCCAGACAGUCCGAUCGGGUACAGUGUAUCCUGUGGCGUCAACCAGUACUACGAGAGUCGUAUUGUUGGUGGAGCGAGUGCAGAACCAGGACAGUUUCCAUGGCAGGUGUCCAUUCAGCUGGUUACUGGCUGGACUGCAAGGCAUGUUUGUGGAGGAGCUGUGUUAGCAGAAUACUGGGUCAUUACAGCAGCACACUGUGUUCACAAGUUAGGCACUAAGACCCUGUCAGUGGUUGCAGGAGAUCAUAAUUUAUAUGAAGAAGAGGGUUUCGAGCAACGAGUAUAUGUCACCAGAAUUGUCACUCAUGACUAUGUUGCACAAAAUUUCUCCCAUGAUAUUGCUUUGUUGCAAUUAAAUAAACCAUUGAAACUGGAUGGAGAUCAUGUGGCCCCAAUCUGCUUGCCACAACCAACUAAAAAGUACCGAGAAGGAAAUGGAACUGUGACUGGUUGGGGACGUCUAACAGAAGAUGGUACCCUGCCACAUGUUUUGCAUCAUGUUUCCCUUCCAUUUAUAUCAACUGACCUUUGUAAAAAGUGGUAUGUUGAGGCUGGAUAUGGUCAGUAUGUGAAUCCAUGCCAAGUAUGCAGUGGCUAUGGGGCAGGUGGGGCAGAUUCAUGUCAGGGUGACUCAGGUGGACCUAUGGCCUGCUUGCAUUCUGACAGUCGGUAUUAUCUGUGUGGAGUUGUUAGUUGGGGUGUGGGUUGUGCUAGAAGGCACCUUCCUGGAGUCUACACAGAAGUACCUUGUUUUUCAGAAUGGAUUAAGUCUGUUUUGUACAAUGAAACACUCAGUAGUAGUAAAAUUUAG